UAGGAAACCCAGCGUUUGCUGGCAGAACCUGUUCCCGGGAUUAAAGCAGAACCAGAUGAGAGCAACGCUCGUUAUUUUCAUGUGGUCAUUGCUGGCCCCCAGGAUUCCCCCUUUGAGGGAGGGACUUUUAAACUUGAACUAUUCCUUCCAGAAGAAUACCCAAUGGCAGCUCCUAAAGUACGUUUCAUGACCAAAAUUUAUCACCCUAAUGUAGACAAGUUGGGAAGAAUAUGUUUAGAUAUUUUGAAAGAUAAGUGGUCCCCAGCACUGCAGAUCCGCACAGUUCUGCUUUCGAUCCAGGCUUUGUUAAGUGCUCCCAAUCCAGAUGAUCCACUAGCAAACGAUGUAGCGGAGCAGUGGAAGACCAACGAAGCCCAAGCCAUAGAAACAGCUAGAGCAUGGACUAGGCUAUAUGCCAUGAAUAAUAUUUAA